GCACCUGCGAAGAUGACAUAAAGCACUCCCCGAAGAGACAAUGUCGGAGUGAAUUCCAGACGCUCACUGAAGCUCCCAGCGAUUUCUCCAACAACUACUCUGCGGAAUUCUUGGAAACCAGUCCACAAUCAUCGUCGUCGCUUUUUCCAGUUCAGUCUGCAUAUCCAGACAUACCCGACACACGCCUACCGGAUAGCAACGAGAUUGCGGUAGUCCAUGAAGUUCCACCCUAUAACUUGUAUGUCUCAGGCCCCACAUACAGAGAUUCGAAUGGACAGUACGGCCUCACAGUACCCUACCAGCCUCCGCCAGCUUCCCAGCGGAGCUACGACUAUGCAGACUAUCUGCAUCACUACCAUCCGGAUGAGCAACCUAUGAGUGUGCUAAGACUACCUGUACCUCAAGUUCCGCCCGAUCAAGGACAAUAUUACCCUUUGCACCCUUCGAUUGCUACAAACUCUCAACUGCAUGAACAGCCAAUAGAGGAGAGGCUUGUAUUGGCCCUAACUGCAGCAGGCUAUGGCCAAGAUGUUCCGGCUUCCAUACCUGCUGAGCAAGCCGCUUGGGAAGAUGUUUACGCUAGGCAAAACAUAUGGCUUUCUAGAGCGGAAGCAGACCUCCAAGGUCAUACUAUCGAAGUUGUUCCUGGUAUUCCCACAGAGCAAGGCGCCCUAGGAAGUUCUGCUGGCAUCAAUCAUGAUCUGAUUCCCACUGAGGUGUGGUCUUUGCGCUCCCUUUCGCCUUUGUUACGCUAUAGCGCGUACCGUAUGAUGACUGAGGAAGCACGUGAAAUGGUCAGGUACAACCAGGCUAGCGAAGAGUUUCAGAGACGUUGGGCGUGGAUUCUGAAUCUUCAAGCAUUUUUGCUGCAGAAAGAGAAAGAGUGGGUGGGUUCAUUCCAACACAUUGUCGAUACACAUAGACGGCGGUGUUGGGACCAGAAAGUGGAAGAGCAAGCCAUUGAGACCCCUGUCAACCAGGCGAUGAUUGAUGCGUUCGAGCAAUCAAAGAUGAGGGCUUGCGGUGCGCCGCUUGUCGGUAUGACUUUGGACGACGAGACGCCACAGGUGCCUCCUUCUGAGUCAGUGCCCGUAACGGAGCAGCCGGCUACAAGGAACAACAACACAAAAAAGGUUGAGAGCCCCAUAUCUCAUUCCGAUAUACCGUCGAUACUGCCAGAGAAGCCACCUAAGCCAGACACGAUCAAGCAUCCUUUGGACAAGGUCACGGUUCCAUCGUACCCUUUGGACAAAAUCAGCGACUUCACUCCAAACGAAGAAGGUAUAUACCAAUGCAUGCACCGUUUUGAAAGGAAGUGGCCUUGCUGCAAAAAUGGGCUGGAUGAACAUAAAAUGAAGCAAGCGAUCUAUAGGAGUAUCAGUACGUGGAAGUCACAAGUUGAGCGCCUGAUCGAGAACGGCGAUUUGCAUCGGAGUCAUAUGACGUGGCCAACACAUCAGAAUCAGGCGUUGAAACGAGCUCAUAUCGCUGCAGAAAGACAGCGAGCAGAAAUAGGAUCAGGAAAUGGAGAAGCAGAAACGGAGCGAAGUGGCAAAGGGAAGAAGAAGCAGGAACAGGGAAGUUCGACGGAUAACACAACAAAGGUAAGCCAGGAGAAGAACAAGCAACUAGAGCAGAGUAAGAAAUGGCUUAACUGGCCACGCUUUAAGGAGUGGUGGGCAGCAAGGCUUUCUCAGGCCAAAUUUUUGCAGCUUUCACAGGACCAGAAGAUUGUCUUGAAGCGUCCUGAACCAUCUAGCAUUGCGGACGAAGAGGCAGCGUUUGUAGAGAAGAUCAAGGAAUCACUGCCGCUUGAUGCACAAGGGCCAGUCGAUACGGAAGAAAAUACUGAGCUAGACAGUUCAGACCUGGAUGGGUUGUUUGAUGAUGGUGAUGAAACGAAUCUCCAGGAGACAUAG